AUGCCAAUCAAACAAGAAAAAGCACGCGGUCCAACUCAGGAUGGAAAUUCGAGUAGUCAACCUAAUGGCGGAGGAGUCACCUUACCCAUCCCGUGUAGCGUUCGAUUAACAAUGAUGAAUCCGUUUGGCUGCGUCAUUUGCUCACUCUCAUUCUCACAAGUCAAAGAUCUCCAUGCUCAUAUGAGCAAUGCUCACAAGAAUGCUUUUCGAUGCAAUUUCUGCUUGGAGGAGUUCCAGCAACUACAUCAUCUGGAACGUCACUUCAAUAUGACUCACAUCAAAGACGAAUGA